AAACCACGAGAAAUGCAAGGCAGCGAAUCCUAGCGGUUCGACCGUAUGAUUUGCAGGGAUUAUCCAGAUAAGUCUGCCCGAAUAACAAAUUCCUGUAUUUUGAUAGCCCUCAAGGUUUCAAACUGUAAAUUAGGCUCAUUUUGCCUUCGUUUAUACCCAAAGCUAGCUUGACAAAUACCACGGAAAAGCAGGGCCUUUUUAUCUACACCAGUCCUUUCAUAUAACCUCGCUACUGCAGCCUAACGAGUAUCACUACCUAAGCAAGUUCUUUUCCUCAAACCAAAAUAACCAGCUUCCUGGUUCUUUUUCGCACCUUUCAUAUCAAGGUGAACAAAUAUUACUGGGUAUCGCUCAGCCUGCCACACUGGAAUAUAUAUGCACCUCUUGGAAUACGAUGGAGGUUCUCGGUUCGGCAGCAGUAAUAGCCCAGCUGCUCGGCCAGGCAAUAAACUUAUGGCAGCAGAUCGAUUCGGUACGGCAGACUAUCAGCGCGGCGCCGAAGUUGCUCAACGAUCUGAUGGUGCAGUCUACCAACCUCCAAAACAUAUUGCACGAUAUUCAGAGCUCAACUGAGCUGCAUACGCACGCCAUCCAUAACCAGCUAGAAUACAUAUGUUCUAUCGCGUUGGAGCUCCAGAAGAUCCUCAUGAACAUGGCUAUCUUGAACCGCAAAAGUCUGUUACAGCAGAGUCUACACGCUCUAAGGCGCAGAAGUCGAGACGAGUCGAGACUGAAUGACGUGCUUUUGCGGCUUGAAAGGGCAAAAUUCGAACUAUUGAUCCAGAUGAAUAUCAUACAUAUCGAAAAAACUGGAGAUAUCUCAGAAGGGAUCCAAAGAAUCGACUUGGAGGCUCGCAAGGAAAGUUUCAAAUCCUCAUCAAGCAUGACAGUGGAUCUUAACCACACAGAGGGCGCAGCCGACCAAGUCAAUGGAAUAGUCGGCCUAGAGGAUUUCAAGAUGCGGGUAACUGCAUCGGUGACCGACAACACAGCGCUGGACAGCAGUAGACAAAGCAACCUGAUCUUGGGUGGACCUGGGUCCAUGAAACUACUACAAAGCGUCUUCGUUGAGGCGUAGCAUGCGUUGCUUUCGACCGAGCAUCCACGUGGAAUAACUAUGGAAUGAACAGACACGGGAGUGUAUUAAGAUUCUAGAAAUAACACCAAUUCUUGUACUGCAAGCCGGUCAGUGCCUUGCCGCUCUGGUCUCUACACACUUGCCGCACCUUUUCGGGAAUGACGAUUGUUGGACAUGGCAUGAUAUAGAUUACAUCUCGGGAACCGGGCUCAUGAAUCAUUAUAGUGGACUGUGUGUGUUUCUCUGGAGUGGUUCUAGCUAAUAUUCUCAACUACGGAGUGUUGGAUGCUUUCAAAUCUGGGAGCCUCUUCAAGGAACUACAGAGAUCCUGAAUCUGCUAUGGAGAUGAGUAUAUGUGCUACUUAUGGCUUCAGACAUGUAUCCAGUCAUAGACAUGAUAGACCCUUAUGCCACACGUUCAUCAUGUCCAAGA